AUGACCCGCGAGAUGGUUACCAAGUGCUUCACCGACCCCUGGGCUUACAGCGCGGCGCAGGCCGACAUCAUCUAUGACUGCUGCGAACACCCGUCUGAGGAGCUGUGGAUUCAAACCUCGUGGCAGAUGACGGCUCGAUGGGACCUGCUGCUGGAGGGGCUGCUGGAGGGAGAGGAGGGCGUCAAGCUUGUGCGCAAGUGCGCCAUCACGUCCGCGACGAAAUCUCUGCAAUCUGCGCACGUCCUUGCUCCGAGGCGGGAGAAGCUCGCUUCCGGCCAGUGGGUGCUACAAGGACAAGCAGAGAUCAAGUUCCUCAGCAGUGCGAAGGUCAUUCCCAAGAACGCCCAUGUCCACUCCCAGGCCAAUCGGCUCGAACUCGCGACUUCCGUUCAAUCGGACCUCGAUGCGCGGCUUCUCCACCUCGUUCCCGACCGUCAACCUUGCGUCGCCCGUCUCCUCUGCGAAGUCAAAUACCAGGAGGAACGCCUCGCAAUUCUCGAGAUGGCGGAAGCGCCGGUAACAGGCCAGAAAAGGCAGCGCGUUGAGGUCCCCCCUGCGCGACCGCCGUUUGAUGCGUUCUACAAGACUCUCGAGGCGAGCGGCGCAUGCUACCGCGUCACCGGCGACUUUCGUCGUACGGAUGGCGCUCUCAGACGAGUCGACGACGCGGGUCUCGACACAUUGACCUACCGCGUCGAAGGCAUCGACGAAAACGACGCGCGACGUCAAGGUAUCGCCUUUCGACGCGACGUUCCCGCCUCGAGGCCUACUUUCCCGCCUGUCAUCACGCCACUUUCGACCAAUCUGCUGAUCUGGGCAAUGGUCGACCGAGUCGAGCAGGGCUACCCGGACGACCUCUGCGAGGAGACCUCGGAGCUACAGAACCUCCUGCGCUGCCUCAUCCAGUUCUGGCGCCUGACGGACGACGUCGACUCAUCUACGCUGCGCAAGCUCGUCGAGCGCGCUCACAAGCUGGUCGAGCAGGACGCGACGUGGGCUGCCGCUUCGAAAGAUCUCGCAUCCGUCUCGUUCGACAGCAUCGCCGCCCUCAUCAAGCUGCCCGAUUCGGCAGUCAGGUCGCAAGUCCUCCCCACGGAGACGCAACGAGCGCAAAUUCGCGCAACCAUGGAGGACGAUCACGACGACCUUCCCGGGCUCGACUUUCCUCGCGACGAUCUUCCGUCGGACUCAGUCGUCCCGCUCACGGCGUCGGCGCUCGAAUUGCUUCAGGCCUCGUCCUGGACCGCCCCGACGCCUGCUGAGAAUCUCGGAUGCGUACGCUAA